ACCAACGAAUCCGAAAGAUAUACCGUGUCAAAAAACAAAUAGGAAGAAAGCAAAAGUAGAUAUGAACAAUGAACAUGCAUUCUCCGACUCCUCAGAAACUACAAGUCUUAAUUCCAACUUUGACAAACAGAGUAUUAAAUCGUCUGAUACUCGGUUUACUCAAAACGAUACAACGGAUCUGUCCUCCAGUUCAAAGCCCACUGUAAAAUCGUCGGAUACCAAUAAGAAUGGUUACCGUUUAGAAAAAGACGAAUCGAAGGAGCAAAUCUUUGAGUUCGAACGCCACGUACGUUCGCAAUCAAUGACUUCGGUUAAUAUAACGAUCGCUAAUCCGAACGUGGAGAAUAUUGAUUUGACCCCGGACUCGCUGUCUAGUGACAGGUUCAUCAGGUCACUGUCGCUGAGCUCGUGUGAUGAGGGUAACCCCAACUGGAUGAGCACGCCAGAGUUCUUGGCGUUGAAGCACAAUUUAGUUUUUCCGGAUAGUGUACAUAGUUCCCCUGUGCCGCAGCGGCGAGCGCCGAUGAAAUGUCGAAGGUUUUCGGUGGACCUGAGUCAAAUGCGAUCUCUUCGUCUUUUCUUCAACGAUGACAAUUGCACGUGCGGACAGCUGGUGGUGGCGUCGCGGGAGUCGCAGUACAAGAUUCUGCAUUUCCACCACGGCGGCCUCGACCACCUCGCACAGGUUCUGCACAGGUGGCACUCCUUGCUACACAACAUCAAGCUCACGCCAGGCUCAGAAGAACCUAAUUUACCUUAUCGACACUUCAUGGUGUGUCGUCCCGAAGUACAAAAAUCGGAGCAACAUCCAGAAGAAGGGAAGGUCUCUAAAAUAACUCCAGAGCUGUUCUACGGAAAGAUUAUGAAUAGUAAAGGUGUUAUAGAAGAUGAUCUCUUCUUGAGGAAGUGUGUCUUCUUUGGCGGUCUGGAUAAAGAAUUAAGAAGAGAAGUGUGGCCGUUCCUUCUUCACUGCUAUCCUUACAGUUCGACGUAUGAGGAGAGAGAAAUUAUACUCCAGAUUAGAACAAGGGAAUAUGAAGAAAUUAACAAAAGAAGAUUGGAAAAAAUGACUCCAGAGCAGCACGCGAUAUUCUGGAAGACGGUUCAGUGUGUUAUAGAAAAAGACGUUAUUAGAACGGACAGAGGGAAUCCAUUUUUUGCUGGCGAAAAUAAUUAUAAUAUUGAAAUCAUGAAGAACAUUCUAUUGAAUUAUGCCGUUUACAAUCCGGUGCUCGGGUAUACGCAAGGCAUGAGCGACCUCCUGGCACCAGUGCUGUGUGAGAUCAAAUGCGAGGCGGAGGCGUUCUGGUGCUUCGUUGGACUGAUGCAGCGCGCGAUCUUUGUCUGUACGCCCACAGACAAUGACAUGGACAAUAACCUUAGUUUCCUGCGUGAGCUUAUCAGGAUAAUGCUGCCACAUUUCUACAAACAUUUGGAGAAGCAUGUCGACGCCAUGGAGUUGCUGUUCUGUCAUCGAUGGAUACUAUUAUGCUUCAAGCGUGAGUUCACGGAGGCGGUGGCGCUGCGCAUGUGGGAGGCGUGCUGGGCCACCUACCAGACGGACUACUUCCAUCUCUUCCUCUGCCUCGCUAUUAUCGCGGUCUACGCUGAUGACGUCAUCGCGCAGGAUCUCAACACAGACGAAAUGUUGCUGCACUUCAGUUCGUUGGCAAUGUACAUGGACGGUCGACUGAUCCUGCGUAAGGCUCGAGGUCUCCUCCAUCAGUUCCGUCAGCUGGUGCGUAUCCCGUGCACGCUGGCGGGCAUGUGUCAGCGCUGCGGCCCCGGCAUUUGGGACUCCACGCACCGGCCCAGCGUCGAGUGCACCGGCGCACACGACUUCUGCGCAUAUGCAGUGCAAUAAAUUAACUGCAUAUUUGAAACAAGGAAUAUCACGGAUGAGUAUUUUAUAACUGUAGAAUUAAAUGUAAUAAUUCAAAGAUUGAAAAAGCUAUUUGUCAUAUUUCAACGACAUUUUUUUAUUGAUUGAAAAAUAUACAUUCUCUAAACAUUUUUAAUUUUCAAAGAUUAUUUUAAGUCAUAAUUAGAAACUAGAUUUCUUUUUGUGUUUAAGUUAUAUAGGUUUGUAGAAAAAACACCGCGUAAUUUCUAGUCAUUGUAAAAUAGAAAAGUAUUUAUUCCUAUAUAUCCUAGUACAAAUUUAUUUAACGCCGCGUGCCUAACAAUAAACUAUAUAAAAUAAAUGCUUGGUAUUGCAAAACAUUGUUUAUAAAUGAUAUUAGUCGUGUGCAAAAGGUUUGCCGAUGACUCACCGCAUCCCAUGCUCGUCCAAUGAGUACCGCAGUUAACGCGUGACGUCAUGAAGCCAUCGGCAAAGCUGCUCACGAGUAAUACGUCAUAGUAUUGAAUAAAUUUUGUGAAAUAUCGUACUUGUACAGAUGUACUUGAUACAUAAAUGUAGGUAUGUAUUAACCAAAAAUGUAGUUAAGUAAACAUUUAAGACGCAAGCAAAAAUAGCGUAGAUAUUUAGAAUGUUGACAAAAUAUUUAUAAAGGUUUCUGUUGCAAAAUCAGUCUCUGUUCAAAAUCUAUAAUCUUCAAAAUAAUAUUUGCCUUUUCAAAAUCUUAAAUAAAAGUUCAAAGUAUUUAAAUAUUCACUUAGUAAAUAACAGUAUUAAAAAUGUAUAAACGUUUUGUAAAAGUUGAAGAGUUUUAUCAGAAAUAUAUAUGUUUGGACAUAUCAAUUGACGUUCGUUGUGUUCAAUCGAAUUUAUUUAACACUUUCUUGGAGUGUAAUUCCAUAUAUUGCCUAAACAGCAAACUGUCAUAACUCAGUGACUAAAAAUUAUUUUGCUGGAAGUAUGUCGUUGUAAUAAUUAACAGAGAAAACACUAUUAACGCUAAUCGAAGUUAUAAUGGCUUCAAAAAAUCAGUAAUUCGUAAUUUAGAU